UUCUUGUGAUUGUCCACGAUGAAACUAAUUUGUGAAACCUGCACCAUUAACCGUAAUGUAACUGGAGGAAAACGAGCAUUCCAGAAAACGAUCCUUGCCAUCGGUAAAGGAUCGGAACGAAAGUCGGACGGUACAAAAAUAAUGCUCAUUACCACCAGCAACAAAUCCGGCACCCAGUACAACGUACUGAAGAACAUCAGCAAAAUAUUCACUCGCUUUCUGGAAGAGGGAAAGGCUACCAUUUCGUUCGUUGUGCCCGAACACGAUGUACAGAUUAAGAGUGAUAAAGUACAGCUGACCGCAUUUCUGAAGGUGGUGAAACUGGUGCUUACUGGCGGAAGCGGUGUACAAACAACGGAACAACCAUCGCACACACAAUCCACUACGAAUCCCUUUUCACCGUCCGCCUCACUUCGUUUACCGUGUCUUACUGUGGGCAAGAAGAAAUCAUCCAUUCUAGAUUCACCCAGCGUCCUGUCGACCAAAUGUGUCGUAACGAAUCGAAAGGACUACCCAGCGAAAGGAUUUUCCUGCCUGCUCGUAUCGUUGCAGAUCUCCGACAUAAAGCUAUCGCGCUUCGAUUCACAAAUAUUGAUGCUGCAGAAGCUGCGAAGCUUAAAUCUGUCGAACAACUGCAUCCGCAGUUUGCCACGUGCGCUCGGUCAGAUGCGUCUGUGCGAUCUGGAUUUAUCGGGCAACAGUCUGACCGAGGCAGUUUGGGAUUGGUUACUCGAACCAAACAUACAAUCGUCCCUGCAACAGCUCAACAUUUCCAACAACGCGCUACCCUGCCUUCCGAUCAAUGUGAUUUACGCGCGUGAACUAGUUACACUUGCAGCGGAGAAUAAUCAUAUCCGUAAGCUACCGUUUGCACUUUGGACGAUGAGCCGGUUGCGGGUAUUAUCACUUGCCCGAAACCAAAUCGAUGCUGUACCGGAAACGCUAGCUAGAAUUAAAUUAGAUCGAUUAGAUCUGUCCGAAAAUGAGCUGUUCUGUAAUGUGGCCACGGUACCGGAUUUGCGGCUGACUUCAUCGGAUACGCAAUAUCGACAAACGUCGAGCUUGUUUGAGCUGGCUGCACGGACGGUUAUACGUAAGAAGAUUCCCUACACGUUUCCCGGUCGGAUUCCGUUCACUGUGCUAGAGGUACUGCGGCGUGCUCCGUUGUGCAGUUGCGGCCAACCGUGCUUUGAAUCGAAAGUGUUCCUUCGUACGAAAGUGAUCAUGAUUAAAUGUUCCUACCUGGUGCUUAACGCCAACCAACAGCUAAUUGCAGAUUGUGUGUAUUGCAGCGAAAAGUGCUCACGGAAGCUGUGCUAA